AUGGACGAGAUUGCUAAAGCUCGGAAAUCAGGGCAUAAGGUUAUUGGAGAGUCUGUUGUGUAUGGACUAAUCCUUGAUGAUCACUGGUUUUGGGAUCCUGACCGAGAUGGAGCUGUUGACAACGACAACAACAACAAGGACGUGUUUACAGCUGUUGACCAAGCUGAGAUUACAAAAGAUGUUUGCUUGAUGUAUGAUUUUGUGAAUCAGCAUUUACAGGAGGCCACAAGGGUUUCCGACCUAAGCUUGGAGGAAGAUGAUGUUCUGAAGCUAGUAAGUGAAAAGAGUGAGAACAGAGUUGUAAGGAAUAUAAAGGCUUCAAUGAAAUGCAGUGAUAGAGAAGUUUCCAAGCCUGCAACCGAGAGCUUCUCUUUCAGAAUUCCUCCAUCAGAAAACAUUGAAUCUCAAGGAAGGUCGGAUCUUCCGGGAAUAGAUGUGUUGGUCUCAGCUGCAAAGAGAAAGAGCCGCCUCUGGUCACAGCCAACUGUCAGAUUGAUGUUAAGAUAG